UCGCAGCGGCGCCGAGCCGGGGCCGGCGGGAGGCGGCCGGGGGGCUGCCGCGCGGGGGGCUGCCGCCCAUGGCGGGGGCGCUGCUGCCCUGGCGGCGGAGCAAGUGGGUGCUGGUGAGGCCGGAGGAGCGCAAGCGGCCGGGGAAAGGCUGGGCGCCGCGGCUGAGCUGCGCCUCGCUGCUGGCCGACCUGCUGGGCUCCUGGCCGGAGCUGUGGCCGGCGGGGGCGCUGGGCGGGCUCUUCCGCCGCCGGCGCCGGACGGCCCAGCUCAACGCCGAGGAGCCCACCUUCCGCGUCUGCUACCUGGGCAACGCGGCCACCCUGCAGGCCAAGGGCGAGGGCUGCGCCGAGGCGGCGGUGGAGAAGCUGUGGGCGCGCAGCCAGGCCGGCCAGCGCGGCGCCCGCAUGCAGCUCAGCCUGGGCCCGCAGGGCCUCCACCUGCGCCCGGCCGCCGCCGCGAAGGAGAGCCGCCGCCCGGGCCACGCCUACCUGCUGCACCGCAUCACCUUCUGCGGGGCCGACCGGCGCCACCCGCGCGUCCUGGCCUGGGUCUACCGGCACCAGGUGAAGAACAAGGCGGUGGCGCUGCGCUGCCACGCCGUGCUGCUCUCCCGGGCCGAGAAGGCGCAGGCGGCGGCCCGGCUGCUCUUCCAGACCUCGGCCGCUGCCUUCAACGAGUUCAAGCGGCUGCAGCGGAGGAGCGACUCGCGGCGGCUCCAGCGGCAGCUGCUGGGGGAGGCGGUGGUCCCGCUGGCGCCCCUCCGCAGGCUGCUCAACGCCAAGUGCCCCUACCGGCCGCCCCCGGAGCGCGGCCGCAACGCCCCCCGGCUCAGCUCCAUCCAGGAGGAGCAGGAGGAGGAGGAGGAGGAGGAGGAGGAGGAGGAGAGGAAGGAAGAGCGGCCGGCCUUGUGCACCCCCACCAGGGCGACCCACGACUGGCUGGCCACCCGCACCGUCCUCUGUGCCAUCAGCAGCUUCCGCCCGGCUGGCCCGGCCCUCUGGGCUGACCACACAGCCCUUCCCGAUGCCAAGACGGCCAGGGGCCUGGAGCGCCCGGAGAUUCAGACUUUGGUGCGGGAAUUCCAGUUCUGCAGCUUGAGGGGUGCACUGCCCGUGGGGGACACGGCCUCCUGGACACCUUAGCCCGGAGCCCCCUUGCCUGUCCCGCUAGGAGGGCCGAAGCCAUAACUUUUAAACAAAAAUUCCUGGAGAUUUGGGCAGGAGAGACGAGUGGGGGUGGGGCCCCUUCCAUGUUGUUCUGAACCAUCACGCAAUCCUUGUCAACUGUGUUCCAUCAUCCGGUGUCACAUUAUCGCAGCCUGACUUUUUCGGCUGGAGGGGGGGGAACAACCAAAAGCUUUGCAUCCUUUUCUGUGGAUUUUGGAGACUGGCAGAAGGAAGGAAGCGCCUGUGAGCUGGUGCUCAGCAGGAUGGGGCUCUUGGUACAUUGCGGGGUGGGGAAGGGAGACGCUUUUGACAUAUUUGGUGGCCUUGAGGAGGGAAAGAGUGUUUGUACUUGCUGAACUGCAAAAAUGGGGGAGGGGAGGGAGGGAGGGAGAAAUGCCUUUAAAUAAAAUCUCUUUGGGUAUCUCUAGAGGUUUAUUAGUACAUAAAACACAUUUUGCCUGUGUUUAUCUUGGUUCUCACCAGUUUGGAGGUCAAAAUUGUGCAGGUACGGAAGAGGAUUUAAGAGAGGUGGCACGGGGGUUCCUCUCUUGUCUCAAAGCCAAGAAAAUUGGUUCCGAAUUUAGGAAUAGCCCCCCAAAAUUGAUGGAGCUUGUGAGGCCCCACUGAUUUCUGUAGGUCAGCGUGGCUUGGGCAUGGCUUGGUCUCUCAGAGUUAUGGGGCAGAACAGAGGGUGGACUGGAAGAGGGUGGGGUGUUUCCCUGGUGGCUUUCAGAAGGUUUCACGUUGCAAAGGUUCUGGAUGCAGUCCUCCAAAAUACUUGCUUCUCCCGGUGGAAGAAAAAAACGGGCAACCAAGAGCUCGCCUGUGUUCAGCCGGUAAACUGAAUUAUUACUGAAAGUCUGGCUGUGCCUGUGCUGCCCAUCCCCCCUUGGCACGGAUCCAUUCCCUGGGACAGCAAGCCCUUUUUAUGGUGGGCACAUCCUUGGACAAGAAGCUGCGAGGGACUGAGGAUGACUGAAUGUGUGUGAUUAAGUUUCUAGUCCUCGUGGUUUUAAAACCACAUAGGCUCUGAUGAAAAUCAGGAAUAAAGAAGGCAAGGGAUGAGUCAGUUGGCAGCCGGUUCUCUCCUGGCACAGAAGCUCUCCUGCCAGCUUCCCCACCCAUCACCCUAUGUGUAACAGAAUAACAAAGUUGGAAGGGACCUUGGAGGUCUUCUAGUCCAACCCCCUGCUCAAGCAGGAAUGCAUUUCAGACAAUAUCAGCAAGCCAUAUCCCUCCAGGACAUUGGCCAAGGCCCUUUUGCCCCCUUCCUUCUGCCCAAAAAACAGGGCAGGUUGCUGCCUCGCUUGGUAGGGUCUCCCUGGAACUGCUGUACCCUGGCAUGGAGCCCCCCUCCCCCCGGCUUGGCAUCACCAAGAGAGUUUUACCACAGUUGGGCUGCCCAACUGACAAAGAUGGAGAGGGAGUGGGGGUAAACGCAGGACUGGACCUUCAUACAACCCGAACCUCCAUUUUAUGGAGCACUGAAGGGUUCCUUAUUCUUUUCUGGGGUGAAUGACGGGGUGCUGCCAUUUGAUCGACAGCUGGUUAUGCAACUGGGCUAUUUUUCCUCAAGUCUCUUUAAAACCAGAAAGAAAUUCCAGUACUGCCAAAGGCCACCCUGUUUCCCUGCUAUGACGGAUCUUAGCAGGAAUUUUACAUAUAAACAAUCUCAGUUUUCAGUACCUUUGAUUUCUGACGUUCUCUGGUUCUUUAGGGAGUGAGGUCAAAACUCCAGAUCUUUUCUUCUUUUCAGUAUGCUAGCAGGGACAGACGGAAUCUUGCUACCUACAAUAAAACAACAACAACAAAGGAGGAAUUAAAUACCAAAAUCAGAUAUCCUGAAACGUCAAACUGUAGUUUUGGUUAAUUUUGGGAGAAUAUUGGUAGUUAUAUAGCAGGGGUCUCCAAACCUGGCCACUUUAAAAUGUGUGGACCUCAACUCCCAGAAUUCCCCAGCCAGCGAUGGAGACCCCCUGCUGUACAGCAUCAAAGUAUAAAUAAAAGAAAUUGGGGAGGAAAGCAGCUUGGUUUAAACCCUGAA